UGAAGUAUAUUUUAUAUUGAAGGCUUACUGGCUUAAUUGAUCCACAAUCGUGGAUAAGUAUUUUGUUUUCAACUAGUGUGGUGGCGUAGGAUUUCGCUACCAUGUGCCAGUGAGCAAAUAUAUUGAGCAAAAUAGAUUUCUUAGGAAAGUAUAACUAUUGAGGUAAUGAAAAAACAAUGGCUUUUAUUGGUCAAGUUAAGGACCAAAAUUGUAUCCUAGGGGGUAUUUAAGGAUCCUCGACUGUGUAAAUUUGAACUAUAAAUACUUGUACUCGAUAGUAUCCAUCUUUAUUUAUAAAACCUUCCUCUGCAAGCUAUUCUAUCUAAGGUAUAAAUAUGUCAAACAUUGUUAAAAUUGAAUUACCAAAGCUCGACUGGGGAUUUGAUGAAUUAGAACCAUAUAUUUCUAAGGAAAUCAAUGAGAUUCACUAUAAGAAGCAUCAUCAAACAUAUGUCACUUCUUUCAAUGCUGCUGUGGAUGAUCUCGCAAAAGCAAACUCUGUAGGAGACGUUAAGCGUGCUAUUCAACUUCAAGAAAACGUCAAAUUUCAUGGUGGUGGACACACUAACCAUGUGUUAUUUUGGAAAAGUUUAUCACCUGUUCAGAAAUUUGGAGGCAAAGUUCCAGCUAAAGAUUCUCCAUUGGGUAAACAGAUUAUUGAACAAUAUGGUAGUGUUGAAAGACUCGUUGAAAUUACCAAUGCAAAAUUGGCAACUAUUCAGGGUUCGGGUUGGGCAUUCAUAGUUUAUAAUAAAGAAAAUGGGAAUAAAUUAGAUGUUGUUACCCGUCCUAAUCAAGAUACAAUUCUUGAGCCAUUGGUACCUUUAGUGGCCAUUGAUGCUUGGGAACAUGCUUAUUAUUUACAAUAUCAGAAUGUCAAAGUUGAUUAUUUUAAAGCUAUUUGGAAUGUAAUCAACUGGAAUGAAGCUGAAAAAAGAUAUAUAACUGAAUAACUAUAUAAGCUCUAAUAUAUGACUAUUAUUUCUUUUCAUAAAAGGUACGCAAGUACUUGCUAUUUUGAAUUCUUCUGACUUAGGAGUGGAGAGGACUGAUUACGAAAGUUAAUCAAGCUAUCCAGUGUGGAUAUAAAAAUUUCCGGGUAGGGUUAUAUAUAUACAAGACACCUCAACCGAUUCAUAUGAUAAAUCAGUUUAAGUAACUAGCAAUCAUAAUAAAAUAUAUAAAAAUAAUACUGCAACAUCAACUAUAUUGACUGAACUUAA